CACACAUAAAAUUUAUUAUAUUUCUGUGGUUUAUCCUUCAGACCAAAGCCAUUGUCUUGGUUGCGCGUUAUAAAAUUCAGGUGCGUAUCCCAUAUUCGGGUCCUAGACUCGGUUGUCGAUCUCAAAAUGGCGGAGUCGGCCAUUUCGGUUGAUGACUUGGAAAAGAUUAAUAUCCUAAAGGAAUUCACGGAUAUAACAAUGACUGGAGAACCCACAGCUAUUCAGUAUUUAGACAAACACCAGUGGGAUAUUGCAGAAGCACUGAACUCAUAUUUUUCCAGCUCACAAGGACAUGGCAUGGAUGAAAAUAGUGGUACUGCGAGCCAUCCCAUUUUGGUUGACAGUUCUCCCAUUAGCAAAAGUAUGGGAGUCUCAAGUGUACGAGUUGAUGGAGAACAAAAUGCAAAAGAUGAUAACUUGAUAUUACUGACAUGGAACAUUGAUGGUCUCUCUGAAAAACAACUUGUUGAAAGAACAAGAUAUGUUUGUGAACUGAUCAACACAAGACGUCCAGAUGUUGUGUUCCUACAAGAAGUGAUAGACGAUACCUUGCUUGUAUUUCAUCAGAGAUGUAAAGGGUAUACGACAGUGUGUGGAAAACGUGCAUCAGGAUAUUUUAAUGCUAUAAUGCUAAAAGACCAAACCGUCAAGCCAGCAGGACCCCUUGAAGAGCUGUAUUUCAGUCGAAGUACAAUGGGUCGUCACCUUUUAAUGCAGCCAGCAAUCUUUAACCAGCAAAUAAAGGUUGUCUUAAUGACUUCACAUCUAGAAAGUACAGCUAACUGCAAGCAAGAGAGGAAGAGACAGUUGGAGAUUGUUUUCAACAAGAUGCUAUCCCAAAAUCCUGAAUGUACUGUGAUAUUUGGGGGUGAUACUAAUCUCAGAGAUGUUGAGGUAGGACAAGUUGGAAUCCCUAAUGAAAUAUCAGAUGAUACAAAAUUUACUUGGGAUAUUAGUGUCAAUGAUAACCAAGAUUGGCAAUUCCCCAAUAAGCCAAAGUUGAGAUUUGAUAGGGUAUAUGCUCGUCCUGGGCAAAAUGAGAACUGUUUGGAGCCUUUGGAGUUUUCGUUGGUAGGAAAACAGAGACUAGCAAGUGGUGUUUAUCCAAGUGAUCACUGGGGUAUUUGGUGCAAGUUUGUGAAGAAGACAGCAGAGAAACAUUAGAUACAGUAUGUAUUAACAAUAACUACUAUACAGAGUAACAACAAUACAUGUAUAGCAAUAACUAUUACAGAGAAACAAUAGAUAGAGUGCAUGCACUAAACCCAUGAAGCAAAUACUAACUUUACUACUAAAUGGUGAUAAAUAAACAAUAGAAAACAAAGGAUUCUGUUAAUUAGUACUAAUUAAUGUUCACGGAUUUAGUGCGUGCACUCUAUAAGUAUAGCAAUAACUGUUACAGCAAAAUCUAAACAAUUUCUUAAGUUGAAUAAGAAUAUUUAGCCAAAAAGUGUUUAUUUGAAAAGGAUGACAUAACGUGGAAAUAAAAUAAUAUAAAUUUCAAUGCUGAAUAAUCAUGUUAUUGACCAUGAACCCAUGAUGUAAUUACUGCCUGCUCAGUUGAUUUGUUUUUACUAGUUAGACGCGAUAUCUGCGCAAUGUCGAAUAUCAGAUAUUCGUUUUAUGUGAAAUAAAUAACUUAUCUUGGCA